AUGGGCUUCCGAGCUUCCCUAACCUUCACUAUUGGCGUGUUAACUCUAACAUGCAGAGCACAGAGUCCGAUCCCCGAGGAUCAAGAUCCGUGCCUAGAUCCUGGGGUCCUUGCCUCGAAAUGGUUUGACGACAACAUGAUCCGGCCAAACUAUGUUCCAGCAACGACGGAAGAAAAGCCUAUUAUUGCUCAGAGAAUCUUCGACCAGCCCCAGACUUCAGAGACUGGCAAGUCUUAUGUGACUAGUCUGGAGCAGACCAGCGUGCUCUACAUGACGGGAGUCAUUGUAGACUUACUGCAGGCUGAUGUGCAAAAGACUGGAGCACCUGAAGACUUGCCACGGUCCCUCGGAACAGGUUAUAAUAGUGCCAUUCUUGUCAUGACUGACUUUGAGAAGGGCGAAAGCUCAACACUACGGUUCUCUGGUCGCAUCGAAACCCACAAUGGCGCAAUCAACCUGUAUGCAACUGGAGCUGGGACGACGGUCACCCUGGAGGCACCCCAACUGUACAGUAGCGGUCCGGGAGCCAUUGGUCUUUUUGCCAUCCGGGGUGCCAAUUUGGAUGUCACCAAUCUCCGCCAUUGCUCGGGUGGCUACCGAUCACCUACCCUCGCGGGCCUCAACAUCAACAGCCGUGGGGGCGUCGCCCACACUACCAACCCGGGGUCGCCAUUGAUUUACUCACUAGGGCGGACCAUGUCAUCCAAUCUGACCGGUUGGGCCGACGCGUCCCCUGCCAUAAUCAUGGAGGGGCCUCAGUAUGUACAUCUAAACGGUUCAACCAUCACUUCGGGAACCAUCAGUGGUUUCCUGUUCUUCGAUUGGUCCAUCACGGCUCAACAUGAUGCCGGCACGUUGGAGGCGACGUCCCUCAAUCUGACGGUCCGCGAGGGCCCGGCCUUUUACCUGGCAACAUUUUCCGCCGAGAUCAUUCUAAUGAAUGCAAGGAUAUACAAUCCUUCAGGAAUUCUGCUUCUGGCGGAUACGAACACAGCAUCCCGGGACCUUGAGAGGGUCGAGCCGCAGCUUUGGAGCGGGAGUCCAAUCUCUUCCAACUCUUCCCUGACGCUGAUGGGCUCGGAAGGCAUCUCCGGAGAUAUCGUCACCCGGGGUGGUUGUACCGUCUCUGUCAAUCUUCUGGCCAACAGCACGUGGCAGGGCUCCGCCAAUGCAUCUCUCAUUAAUAAUCGUGGGGGCUUGACAGUGCAGAUUGACGAUACAAGCACCUGGAUCGUAGCAAAGAACUCGUUCGUCCGAGGUCUGUCAGUCGUUGGUGGGGAUCUUGGACGCCUCAAGGACCAGGGGUACACGGUUGCGUAUGAUCAGAAAGCCGCAGAGAGCUCCUGGCUCCAAGGCCGGACGUACACUUUGCAGAACGGAGGAAAGCUUCAGCCGUGGAAUUGA